CCCUUGACAACACCAGAAACAAGUCAGUUGACCCCAUGGAAGAAGAUCUAAUACCAGUACUCUCUUUUGCUCUUCAGGCUCAUAAAAGGACAGUUUAGAAUAGUUCAGUAGUCUCUGAUUAACCAUGAAGCUUUCUCUUUCUUUUUCCGUCGCUGUCCUUAUCGUCUUGGCUUCUAAUUCCGAUGCCUACACGGUUGGAAAGCCCCGUGCUUCCCAAGUGGUGGUUGAUCGAAGAGGUGUUCUUUCUGUGUCUGCCGCCGCUGUGGCAGCUGGAUUGUUGGGAAUACCUUCUGAGGCACAGGCUGCCGCAGCGGCAGUACAGGAUAGUCUGGAUGUGCAAAGCUUUCUCAAGACGGGUAUGGAUGCAGGAGGCAACAUGGGUGUUUCCAGUCAAGCCGGCAAGAGUCGGCCUCAGACUGGUGUGGUGUUACGCGAUGGAAGUGAUGUGCAGCAAGACAAACAGGGCAAUGUCUUGUCGGAAAUUUUGACGGGUACCAAAGCCAAUCCAAUGGCAGUGGUAGCAAGCUUUCAAUCUCCUUGGAAAUUGGAGACUGGUCCAUAUUUUGAUGUGGAAUGCCGAGAUUCCAAGACGGGCGAAGGUGCCUUUAUGGCCGUCACGGCCGAUGUCGGUGGCAAAAGAUUGUCUGAUCUCUCCACAGAUUUCUUGUUGGACCGAUUGUUCCGGCCGGAAGCUCGAUUUUCUUUCUAUGGACCACCCACAGAUGUCAAAGUCAAGAGCAGCCGGACAGAGGGCAACUAUCGUUAUGUUGAGCUGGGCUUUUCCACUCUUUCGCAAUCUACAAAUGCCGAAAUUCCCCGCAAAGCUCUACUGGUGGCUACUAUCCCCGAAGGGACCAACAAUGCCGUCAUGCUGGUAGGAAGUUCCAAUGCGUCAAGGUGGAAGAAUGGAGCCGACAAACGAGUCAGAGAAACCAUUGAGUCUUUUCGGGCAGUUCCGGCCCCCAAGACAGGCAUGAAACUGCGUGCCAAGCAACGAGGACCGGAACCUAUUGAGUUUUAAUACUUUAGUGUGAAAUGAGACUAGUUGCUCGCGCUUGCUGCUUGUACCACCGGCAUUCAUAUUGUGAGGUCUUCAAUGCUCAACCGUUGUACGACGCUCAAUCGUCGUGCCGAAACAGAUUGGUCAUCCCUUCAGUCGCAUCAAACUAGAUACGACAUUACAGGUGCAAGUGUCAGUGGUAACAUUCGAAGUUGACCCUCUCUCUUCCUACUAGC